CGGAGGGGCGGGGUGAGAAGGUUCCGCGCGGGUAAAGGGGCCGCCUUAAGCGCGGUCUGAGCUUUCAGCGGACUCGCGCUGUCUGGCCCGCCGGACUCACCGCCAGCUCCUCCCCCGUCCGCCGCCGUCACCCGGGAAACCGGCCGUGCUCGCCCGCCGACCUGAAGCUGGUUUCAUGGCAGCCACGAAGAAAGCAAUUUUGGGGCCGUUGGUGGGGGCAGUGGACCAGGGCACCAGCUCGACGCGCUUUUUGGUUUUCAAUUCAAAAACAGCGGAACUACUUAGUCAUCAUCAGGUGGAAAUAAAACAAGAGUUUCCAAAAGAAGGAUGGGUAGAACAAGACCCUAAGGAAAUUCUGCAGUCUGUCUAUGAGUGUAUAGAGAAAACGUGUGAGAAACUUGGACAGCUCAACAUUGAUAUUUCCAACAUAAAAGCUAUUGGUGUCAGCAACCAGAGGGAAACCACCGUAGUAUGGGACAAGUUAACUGGAGAGCCUCUCUACAAUGCUGUGGCUGCUCCAGUUUCUCCUGGCCCUUCAGUUCCAGUUGCCGUUGUUCGCUCUGGCUCUUCAGUUCCAGCUGCUGGUACUUCCUCAGUGUGGCUUGAUCUAAGAACCCAGUCUACUGUUGAGAAUCUUAGUAAAAGAAUUCCAGGAAAUAAUAACUUUGUCAAGUCCAAAACAGGCCUUCCACUUAGUACUUACUUCAGUGCAGUGAAACUUCGUUGGCUCCUUGACAAUGUGAGAAAAGUUCAAAAGGCUGUUGAAGAAAAUAGAGCUCUUUUUGGGACCAUUGAUUCAUGGCUUAUUUGGAGUUUGACAGGAGGAGUCAAUGGAGGUGUCCACUGUACAGAUGUAACAAAUGCAAGUAGGACGAUGCUUUUCAAUAUUCAUUCUUUGGAAUGGGAUAAAGAGCUCUGCGAAUUUUUUGAAAUUCCAAUGGAAAUUCUUCCAAAUGUCCGGAGUUCUUCUGAAAUCUAUGGCCUAAUGAAAAUCUCUCAUAGCCUGAAAGCUGGGGCCUUGGAAGGUGUGCCAAUAUCUGGGUGUUUAGGGGACCAGUCUGCUGCAUUGGUGGGACAAAUGUGCUUCCAGGAUGGUCAAGCCAAAAACACGUACGGAACAGGUUGUUUCUUACUAUGUAAUACAGGUCAUAAGUGCGUAUUUUCUGAACAUGGCCUUCUGACCACAGUGGCUUAUAAACUUGGCAGAGACAAACCAGUAUAUUAUGCAUUAGAAGGUUCUGUAGCUAUAGCAGGUGCUGUUAUUCGCUGGCUAAGAGACAAUCUUGGAAUUAUUAAGUCUUCAGAAGAGAUUGAAAAACUUGCUAAAGAAGUGGGUACUUCUUAUGGCUGCUAUUUUGUCCCAGCGUUUUCAGGGUUAUAUGCACCUUACUGGGAGCCCAGUGCAAGAGGGAUAAUCUGUGGACUCACUCAGUUCACCAAUAAAUGUCAUAUUGCUUUUGCUGCAUUAGAAGCGGUUUGCUUCCAAACCCGAGAGAUUUUGGAUGCUAUGAAUCGUGACUGUGGGAUUCCACUCAGUCAUUUGCAAGUAGAUGGAGGAAUGACAAGCAAUAAAAUUCUGAUGCAGCUACAAGCAGACAUUCUGUAUAUUCCAGUAGUCAAGCCCUCAAUGCCUGAAACAACUGCACUGGGCGCUGCCAUGGCAGCUGGAGCUGCAGAAGGAGUUGGUGUUUGGAGUCUCGAACCCGAGGAUUUGUCAGCUGUCACAAUGGAGAGGUUUGAGCCUCAGAUCAACGCUGAGGAAAGUGAAAUACGUUAUUCUACGUGGAAGAAAGCUGUGAUGAAGUCAAUGGGCUGGGUCACAACGCAGUCUCCAGAAAGUGUUGUGCUUAAGUAAUGGCUGUGGCGUAGUGAGUACAGCCCUGGCCUGAAGCGCCAGCAUCCCAUAUGGGUGCCGGUUUGAGUCCUGGCUGCUCCACUUCUGAUCCAGCUCUCUGCUAUGGCCUGGGAAAGCAGUAGAAGAUGGCCCAAGUCCUUGGAUCUCUGCACCUGCAUGGGAGACUGGGAAGAAGUUCCUGGCUCCUGGCUCCUGGCUCCUGGCUUCAGAUUGGCCCAGCUCCAGCCGUUGCGGCCAAUUGGGGAGUGAACCAGUGGAUGGAAGAUCUCUCUCUCUCUCUGGCUCUCCUUCUCUCUCUGUGUAACUAUUUCAAAUAAAUAAAUCUUUUUAAAAAAGUAUUCUUUAAGGAAGGGAUUUCAAGAGAAUUUGGUUUAGAAAGUAACAAAAAAUAAUCAUGUUCUCAGGUGAUUUUUAAAAUAUAAAUGAAAACAGUGUAGUUUUUCAGUUGGAGUAAUAUUGAACCAAUAUUUCAGCAAAAACAGGGUUUUAAAUUCAUUUUCAGUAGACUAAUAUAACUCUUCUC